AUGGUGAAGAAGAACCUUCAGAGAGGCACUCCAUCUUCAAUUUUGAAAUUCGAACUUGAAUGGGGGCAUGAGCGGUUUGGGGACCCUUUCCGGAGCUCCGACUUUGAAUGCAAGUCGUCCGAGCGGCAAUGCCGCAUCGAAGUCGCUAACAGGAGGGCUAGAUCUUCACGCAAGGGCAAGCACAGCAAAGACUCUUCGGAGGUGUUGGGAAAGACAAAGGGGAAGAGCAAGAAAUCAUCGUCAUCGAAGUCUUCCAAGAAGUCAGACGCGAGCUCCUCGCUCAAGGGUGGGAGGACUUCAACGCAAGAGAAUCUCACCCGCUACCUCAGUGAAGACAGCGACGACGACGUUCCUUCCAAAGUGAAGAGGGAGGCUCCUUCAAAACUCCCCGUUUUCCAGUGGAAGGAAGAGGAGGAGGAGGAGGACGAGGACGAGGACGAGGACGAGAAGCAAGCGGGCAAGAAGGCUGAGAAGUCGCCCGAGCGGCUGACGGGUAUGGCAGGCCCCUUCCACCGAAGGAUCGCCGGAUGUGACUUGAUGAAGGAGCUGCUGCCGCCUCUUGACCUCCUGCUGCAGGUGCUCAGCAUCUUCAAGGAGAGCAGGAAGGGGAAGGAGGAGGGGCCGGGCGAGGACGCGGACCUGAGUGACAUCUUGGGGAUCAACUUGAAGCCGAAGGCGGCCACGUCGAGCAGGAGGAGAGCGCAGACCAUGUUGGGGGGUCAAAGUUUGUUCGGCAGCUUGAAGACUUCGGCCGAUCAAGAAGAUCAGCUCGACUCUGAGAUUUCCAAACCCUCAGCUCUCUCGUUCAUGUCCAAGGACAAAGGAAAGGAGAAGGACGAGGAGGAGGCGAGGAGGAACCAGGAAGCGGAGAGGGAGAGGGAGAGGGAGGAGGAGAGGGAGAGGGAGAGGGAGAUGGCGAAGAAACAAGCCGAGGAAAAGGAACGGCUGGUGAAGCAGCCGAAUGAGGUGGCAUCAGGGCGCACGGACAGCGAGGGAGCGCAGGUGGUGAGUUGGUUCUUGUUGCCUGCUGGAUGA